AUGGAUGUGACUGUACGAAAGCAACGUGUUACCGAUGAGGAAUUGAUGGAGUUAAUACCUGAUUUACCUGAAGGUCCAUUGGAUAAUUACAGGAAACAGGCAUCUUUUAAUUGGCGCCGAAUGAAACUUGCAUAUGAUAGUGUUGACACAAUUAAAUUUAAAAAUGAAAUGUGGAACUUCAUGGAAAAUCACCCGCUGUUUAAACACACAGAAGCCACCCGGGUCCUGGAUGAUGAGAGGCAUAUUACAACAAAGAGGAUGUACACCAUCUUCAACGAGAACUUUUUGCCAUAUGAAAAGAUAGUGAUUGAUCCAAGUCUGCUGCAAGCUGAAAGCGAAGCUAUGUUCAUGUUCGACAGCUCCUUAGCCGUAAAAGUGUCUCUCACUUUCCGAAUGUUCACCAACGCUAUCCAAGGCAAUGGCAAGCCACACCAUUAUCAUUUUAUAGAUGACGCGGCUAAAGCAAAGAUUGGAGGGUGUUUCGCGCUAACAGAAGUUUCCCAUGGUUCGAAUGCGAAGGGCAUGCGAACUACUGCUACCUACAUUCCUGAGAAGAAACAGUUCAUUAUGCAUAGUGCUGAUUUUGAAGCUGCUAAAUUCUGGGUUGGCGCGUUAGGUAAAUGUGCAACUCACGCAAUUGUCUAUGCUAUGCUAGUGUCAAAGGGCAAGAACCAUGGCCUCCACACGUUUGUUGUGCCGAUCCGAGACCCUAAAACUCUGAAACCAUACCCUGGAGUGAUUGUCGGCGAUAUUGGGGAGAAGGUUGGACUGAAUGGCAUUGACAAUGGCUUCGUAAUGUUCAACAAUUACCACUUACCCAAGGAGGCAGCUCUGGACAAACUGGGUGGGGUUGACGACAACGGUGAUUACCGGACUCCUUUUAGGGACCCUAGCAAGAGGUUUGGAGCUGCACUUGGCAUUUUGUCAGGGGGUCGUGUACACAUAACAUCAAUAUCAACAUGCUACUUGCUGAAGGCUAUAGUGAUAGCCAUCAGGUACUCAGCUGUGAGGAAACAGUUCGCUGCUGAGAAUGCUACUGAGGAAACACCUGUUCUGGAGUACCAACAACAGCAAAUUCGCUUAUUCCCAUACUUGGCAGCGACGUACGCGAUGAAAAUAUUCUCAGUUUGGCUCAGUCAACUGCAUAUCAGUAUUACAAUCAGUAAUAUGACAGGUGGAGAUGAUAAGUCUGCCGAGCGUGGUAUAGAGCUGCACGCCUUGUCUUCAGCCGUGAAGCCUAUCUUCGGGUGGACGGCGCGCGACGGCAUACAGAACUGCAGGGAGUGCUGCGGAGGACACGGCUACCUCAAAGCUGCAGCUUUAGGUGAUCUUCGCAAUGACAACGACGCCAACUGCACCUACGAAGGGGAGAACAGCCUUUUGCUGCAGCAGACCAGCAACUGGCUUCUCAACGUGUGGUCCAGAAGAGCUAAGAUUACUGAAGCUGACUCACCACUGGGCUCACUAGCAUUCCUCGAAAACGUUGAUAAAUUGCUUUCUGAAAAGUGUCCGUGGAACACUGAAAAGGAGUUUCUUAAUCCAGAUAACCUUAUUCACAUGUACAAAUGGUUGACUGCGUAUGUACUAAAAAUGACAGCAGAGAAAGUUGACAAACUCAAAUCUGAAGGCAAGAGCAACUUCUGGGCCAAGAAUGACUCGCAGUCCUUUAAUGCUGUUACGUUGUCCGUUGUCUAUGGAGAGAAUUAUGUAUUGAACCAUUUCUACAAAACAGCGCUGGCAUUUGAGGACCCUAAUUGUGCGAAUGUGUUACUCACAUUGGUGUCUUUGUAUGGAACUUUCCUCAUUGAAAAACAUCUGGCAACAUUGUAUAUUGGCGGGUACGUGCGCGGGGCGCAGGGGGCGCUGGUGCGCGCGGCGCUGCUGCGCUGCUGCGGGCGCGUGGCGCCGGAGGCUCUGGCGCUGGUCGACGCGCUGGCGCCGCCCGACUUCUGCCUCAACUCGGUGCUCGGCAUGAGCGAUGGACAGGUAUACCAACACAUCCAAUCCAAUGUGAUGGCUUACCCUGGAGCCAUGACCAGACCAGAGUGGUGGCGCGAUGUAGUGUACUGGCAGUCAUACGCACCAUCUAAGCUGUGA